AUGGGAGAUAUUAGAGUGGCAGAUGAAGAGCAGCAGUAUGGCUACAGGCUCAUGCCUACGUUGGUAGAUGAGCGGGCUCGCGGGACGCCGGACCGUGUCUACGCUAUCACGCCCAAGACGGCUGACAUUGCAGAUGGGUAUGGCGAGACCACGUAUAGCCAGGUCGCCCGCGCCGUCAACAAACUUGCGUGGUGGUUGGAUGAAGAGCUGGGGAAAUGCACCGAGACGUUUGACACUAUUGCGUACAUUGGGCCGAGGGAUCUGCGAUAUGCCUUUAUUGUUCUUGCAGCAACCAAGGCUCAUAGAAAGGUGCUUUUGCCGCUCUCGCAAAACUCGUUCGAGGCGCAGCUGAACCUUAUCAACACGACGGACCCCAAAGCUUUGGUCGGCGCGUCGGACACUAUGGCAGUGUGGGAUGGGAUCAGAGAGAGCAAGCCAGAUUUGAAAGUCAUCACGAUCCCGGAGCUGGAAGAAUUGGUGAAUGGGGAACAGGUCAACUACUAUCCGUACGGGAAGAGUUGGGAAGAAGCGAAGAACGACCCAAUUCACGUAAACCAUACCUCCGGCACAACAGGAUUUCCCAAGCCAGUCGUAUGGACCAACGCCAUCGGCGCGACGUUUGACAGGGACAGUCUGCAUAUGGCGGAGAACAUUGGAGGGCUCCGCAGCGCCUGGAUGCUCAUGGCACGCCGCAAGAUCAUUGCCACCAUGCCGCCCGAAUGGAUCGCAGGACUUUUGAUGGUCCUGCACUUUCCGCUCUUGAUCGAUGUUGUUCCUGUGCUGCUCCCCGUUGGCGCGCCGCACCCACUCACGGCCAAGUAUAUAGACAUCGUGCACCGGAUCACUCCUCGCGAUGUCCACGGCGGAUUCUACGUGCCAGACCUGCUCAAGCAGAUAGCCAAGAGCCCCGAAUACGUAGACAACAUGCGACACCUGCAGCUAGUGGCGUAUGGGGGCGCGCCACUCGACAAGACCGUCGGUGACGUCUUCGCCGCCUUCCUCAAGGUGCAACCGGUCAUGGGAAGUACCGAGGUCGGCGGCUUUCCGCUGCUCGAGGCGGACGAUAAGGACUGGGAGUACUACCAUCUGGACCUAGACCAUCCAUCGGGCACGCGUAUGCGGCCGUACGCAGGCAACCUGUGCGAGAUGGUCAUAGAGAAACAGCCUGGCUGGGAAGAUUUCCAGAAUAUCUUCAAGUUGUAUCCGGAGAUUGAUGUGUACCACACCAAAGACCUUUUCCGUGAACACGAGACCAAGAAGGGCCUCUGGAUUUUCUCUGGUCGCACUGAUGACUUCGUCAAGCUUUCGAAUCUGACAAAGUUCAACGCGAGCCAUGUAGAAGUGGUAAUCGACCGGCAUCCGCUCGUCCGUGACGCGAUUAUGGGCGGGGAAGGACGCAGCCGGCCUUUCUGCCUUAUUCAGACGAAGGAGGGCAUGGACGGAGAGUGCAAUGCCGUCUUGGAGGAAAUAUGGCCGGCGUUCGAGGAAGCCAACAAGCAUUCCGCCAAGGACAUUCAGCUAACGAAGGAGAUGAUUCUGCUUGCAAAGCCGGAAAAGCCCAUCCGAAAGGCAGGGAAGGGGACAAUUAACCGUCGGGCGACGCUUGCGGACUACGAGGAUGAGGUUAGGGAGCUGUACGAGAGGGUUGGCGACGAGGCUUGA